ACCGACGCUCGAUUCAUCUUGCUCCACUGCACUUGCCUACUGCACGCCGCCAAGUUGCGAGCGUCAAAAUGAAGCGCAAGGCAGAUGACGAGGCAUCUGAGGGCCCAUCGAAACGGCAAUUGGUUGAUUCGGGCCCUGAAAUCAGCACAGCCGAAGACAGCGUUUCUCACAUCGGCAGCGAUGAUGCUACGAGCGUCCAGACACCAGCCGAGGCCCAGACCUCCCCGACUGUUGUGAGCGCGACCUCACGAGCCUCCAAGAGGCGCAACUACCCCUCCGAGCAAAAGACGAGCAAAUGCACCUGGCCGGGCUGCCCCAAGACCUUCAACCGGCCCGCACGCCUCGUGGCCCACUUGCGCUCCCACACCAACGAGCGACCGUACAAGUGCACCCACGAGGGCUGCGACAAAGACUACACCGAGAGCAAGCACCUGAAGCUCCACCUCAUCUCCCACACCAAGGAGACCAAGUACAAGUGCGACAAAUGCGACAAGUCCUUCGCGACGGGCACCAGGCUGCGCCGGCACCAGGCGGUGCACGAGGGCCAGGAGCGGUUCCGGUGCAGGGACUACCCGCCGUGCAACCAGUCAUUCCGCAAGCACCAGACGCUCCAGCGGCACAUCCUCAAGGAGCACGAGGGCAAGAAGGCGUACCCGUGCACGCACGAGGGCUGCGGCGCGUCGUACGACUCGGCCAACUCGCUGCGGAGCCACGCCGAGCGGGACCACGGGGAGAUCCGGUUCUGGUGCGGCGAGUGCUGCGAGGACGCCGCCAACAACCCGGGCGACGAGACCAAGCAGCCCGUGGGCUUCACGACGCAGUUCCUGCUGGACGCGCACAUGCGGCAGGACCACGUCAACUGCAUCUUCUGCGACGUCAGGUUCUCGGGCGCCUAUCAUCUGGAGCAGCACAUGGAGAUGUACCACUCCGGGCUGUCGGUCGAAGACCGCAAGACGGUCCCCUGUACGUUCCCGGGCUGCACCAAGAAGUUCACCAAGAAGGCCAACAUGAACAGCCACUACCGCUCCGCGCACGAGGGCAAGCGCUUCGUCUGUGGCAAGGUGAACACGUUCGACGUCGCCGGCCUGGAGGACUGGAACUGGACCGAGGAGGGCUGCGGCGAGGGCUUCGUCGACAAGGCCAGGAUGGCGCAGCACAUUCUCUUUGUGCACCUGGGCAGGCCCCGCCCGCUGGCCGACGCGGGCUUGACGGCCUGCGCACCCAAGGCCGCUGGCCCCGCCAGUUUUCUUAACGAGAUCUCUGGCGUCGCGAACGAGGAGCGCCGCCAGAUCGUCUGCACCGCACCCGACUGCGCCGCACGCUUCAUACGCUACGCCGACCUCCACAACCACGUCCAGGCCCGGCACCCCGAGCAUGCCGCCGAGGUCCUGCUUUUGGGCGAGUCUGAGGUCCCACGACUGCACAACGGGGACGUUGUCUGGGGCGACAGCCCCGCCGACGCUGGUGGUGAGCAGCCGCAGUCCCCCGACUGGGGUCUGGCCUAUGGCGACGCCGCCGCUAGGUCCGUUGCGUCGCAGCCACAGCCGGACUGGGACCGCGAAGAGGCGAACUUGAUGCAGCUAAUUGAGCUGGGUGACUCGGCCAUCGACCCAAGUCUCUUGCUCCACGCUUGAGGUACAGAUGGAUAGGGCCAGACGAGAACAGAUAGAUGGUGUUUGCUUCUUUGCUAUUUCGAUGGACCAGAGCUUAUGGAGAUACCCUUUUGAUUUGAAACAGGCGCAAUAGGUAAAAACAAAAGUGGCAUUACGUCGUUGUGGACGCACGUAAGGGGCAUAUUUGAUCACAACAGCGGCGCGGAGGGGCGAAUGGGUUGCUACAAACAUCUUGGCCGAACUUGUUGGAACAGUCACCCUCUUCUUAAGAAAAGAGAUGAACAAGAGACUCUCACAGGUCAUAAUAACAAUGCUUUGAUUCAA